GUCGCGCCGUCCUCACGCUUCACUGCUUGCAGUACAUUUUCACUGCUUAGUUGAUCACUAACUAUGUACACGAUCGGUACUAUUUCAUGCUGCAAAUAAAGAUCCGAUAAAAUUAAGGUUAUCAUCGGAAUCUUGUGAAGGAUAAUGUGAUCACGCGUGGAACAAAGAACGUUUGGAAAUGCUGUUGUGUAGUGAUUGUGUUCAGUGUUCUUUGUUAGUGUUGAUGUUCUGUAGUAGUGCGGUGUGGACGCGAUGCUGUGUGUGUGUGCGCGGGCCGAGUGUCGGUGGCGCAUGUGUCUGCUGGAGCACCCGUCCCCGGCCAACUUCUACGUGAGCUGUUGGCAAAGCAACCGCUCGGCCGCGCCGCUCCUACUGCUAAGGAGUUUCCUCUUCCUGUUCUCGACGUGCGUUGUGCUCGCGUCUAUCGCUGUGCCCUUGACAUUGAACAGUUUACAUUUCGGCCAUUGGUUCAUAUACUUAACACAUUGGGGUUUCCUACUAAUUGUUCUUACUACGGGCUUCGGUACUGCGGUUUCCGCAUACGCUUUCUAUAAGAAACCUAUUGACGCUACGUUUGGCCUGCCAUGGUACGUGAAGACAUACUGGAUACUGUACAACAUCACAAUUCCCGUCUCCUUCCUCAUCACAGUAUUCUACUGGGGAAUCUUGAAGACUUCUGCCAACACUGUGAACUUCGCCUCAAAUCCUGUGCUGGACAUCAUGCUACACGGCGUCAACUCGGUGGUGAUGUUGGUGGAGCUGGUCUGCUCAGCACACCCCAGCCGAUUGAUGCACGUGAUGCAGCCGCUGUACUUUGCUGGGGCCUAUAUGCUCUUCAGUGUCACCUACUUCUUAGCUGGCGGACUGGACCCAUGGGGUAACCCGUUCAUCUACCCGGUGGUGGACUGGUCGAAGCCUGAGCAGACGAUGGUGGUGAUUACACUGACGGCAUUGUUCCUGGCCUUGAUGCACGUGCUGACAGUCGGCAUAGCGACGGGCAGGGAUGCCAUCGCCAAGAGACGCCUCGCGUUAACCACAGGAGUAUACAACGAUGCAUUCACACCUUGACCUUAUUUAUAGCGGAUCAAUUAUGCGCAGAACCCGUAGCAAAGUCUAUUGAGAAACCUUUUGCCAUAAGCUUGGACUGAGUUUGGUUAGGCAUGAGCUUAUUUUAACAGGGGCCCACAUUUUGUUGGGGCCUACUUUAGCUGGGUCAAAC